CACGGCAGGCUUCUAUUUUGGCCUUCUGACUUUGCUUCCAGGUGUCUCAGUCACGUGGAGGGAUUCUCAUCAUUGCAGCGGUGCUAUUUUCAGACCGUCAAAGCAAUCAGACCCUCCUGUCAUUUCCCCCGAAUUGAUCUGUAAUCCGCAACGGAACAGAGAUUAAAACGUGGAAACGGUCCAGAUUGAGAAUGUUUAGCGAGUUCAUCGCGAGUGAGUGUUCUUCUGUUGUAUUUCCGUGAAAAGCGACAUUUUCCGGUUUCACUUCGAUGAUGACGGACGAUUGCAUUUUAUUCUUUCCUUUCUGAGAUGAUGGACCGAAAUAUGAAAUGCUUUCAUUUUUGUGUUGUUUUACUCUGCCCAGGCGUUUACACUCCAAAGUCCCCAAAAGGGCGAUUUCGUUUGUUGUGUGGAAACCUGCCUCACAUUCAGUCCAGUUAAUCAGUCACAUUGCUCAGACAAUGUGGUUCUGUCAUUUCGUGAGUUCUCCUGUCCUCCCUUGCCUCCAGGACCUGACCAAAUAUUUCAGAACACCGGAGAGACACAGAACUUGGGUUACAAUGGGGGGACUCACGUUCUCAAUAAAACCCUCCCGAAAACCUGCUCCGUCCUACCGAAAAGCGUCCCACGUCGAUGGCAGUCACCGAUAUGCGUCCCGUCUUUAGAGACCGCCGCCUCCCUCGCUAAAGCAUUCAAGAAACAACAUGCGUCCGUCCCUCGCCACCGCCGUCCUCCCAGCCAGGACCCGCACCCACAACGCACCCAAUUUGGCAAUCGGGGGCCGCGAGCACCUCGCGGCGCCCCGGAGACGCAGCCCCAACCUUCGGCACACUCUCAGCCCGGAGAACCUCCGCAGUCUGGCGGAAAGGGGCGGGGCCUCACUGGAUGCCGUGUCUGUGGUGGGCGGCCCCGUCGGCCUGUCCCGCGCCAACAGCGACACCGACCUGGUGAGCUCGCAAACCAGGUCCUCGCUGACAGCGUCCACCCUGGACUUCACGCUGAACCGGGGCCAGACCCUCGUCAUAUCCUGGGACAUCAAGGAGGAAGUGGAUGCCACCGACUGGAUUGGCCUCUACCAUAUCGAUGAGACCAGUCCAUCAAACGUGUGGGAUUGUAAGAACCGAGGGAUCAACGGCACCCAGAAGGGUCAGAUAGUGUGGAGGCUGGAGGUGGGGCCCUACUUCAUGGAACCGGAGACCAGGAUCUGUUUCAAGUACUAUCACGGAGUGAGCGGAGCCCUGAGAGCAACGACCCCCUGCAUCACUGUGAAGAAUACAGCUGUCCUGGUGGAGGGUCUUGCUGAGCAGGUGGGUGUCGAACAUCCUCGGAAACUGAUAAGCUUCACGUUAACAGAUCUGCGUGCCACCGGCCUGAAGAAAGGCAUGUUCUUCCAUCCGGAUCCCUACCUCAAGAUGUCCAUCCACCCUGGGAAGAGGAGUGUCUUUCCUGUGUUCAGCCACCACGGACAGGAGCGUCGCUCGGCCAUCAUUGCCAACACCGUCAAUCCGGUUUGGCACGGCGAGAAAUAUACAUUUGUAGCGCUGCUGACAGACAUCCUGUACAUCGAAGUCAAGGACAAGUUUGCCAAAAGUCGACCCAUCAUCAAGCGCUUCCUUGGCCAGUUGACCAUCCCCGUGCAGCGGCUUCUUGAGAAAAUAUCCGGAGUCCAGCCUGUGACUUUUCCCCUGUGCCGACGGAUCCCCACGGAGCACGUCAGCGGACAGCUACAGUUCAAAGUUGAACUCACUUCGACAGGACCCGAUGGUGCCUCUCCAGAUUCCAUCAUUGGCCUUUCGACCUUCAAUGGAGCUCCGGGGACGCCUUCAGAUGACGAGGACCUUCCCCAUCACCUUCCAGGAGUGGUUUCACCUGAGCCCUCCCCCACCGGAUCGCAGAGUUCUCAAGGUAUCUGGGAAGGCGGGGCAGCAGCGGCAGCCUCCCCGGAAAAGGAACUGCUACUCGUCAGAGCCGGGGCGAGGUUUUUCGACCGGGGCGAGUUGCUCCAGAGGUCUCUCAGUGAGGGUCUGGAUGCUAUCGAGGCCCCCAAGGGUCCCGGGGAAAGGCCAUUAGGUGCGGCCUCGCCAAAACUGCGCUCCAGCUUCCCCACGCACACGCGGCUCAGCGACAUGUUGCACAUCGACUCGGAUGAGGAUGAUGAGCGCUCCGGGUUUGGAGAGAUGCCUCCCAUGCUGCCCUCUCCGCUGCUACUUAAUGGGGACCCUCCGGAUAAUAAUAGCGGUCCCGAUGACGACGUGCCGUCUCCUGAGCUGCAGCUGGUCCCGGAGCAAUCUGCCAAUGAAGAACCAGAGACUGCCCAGGUGGCCCCCAAGGUGCAGGCCAGUCUGGAAAAGGAGGACAUUCUGGAGGCAGAGGUCUUCUCCGAGGCAGAGGAAGCACUUUUCACAGAGGCCACGUCCCGCACCCCUUUGCCAGAGGGUGGAGAGGCGGGGAGAAGACCGACCGAGGAGCCUUCUUCAGAGGUGGACACGUGCUCCAUGGCCACAGCCCCACAGACGAUCGUGUCUUCCUCAGAUAGUUGUCCGAUCACGUUGACCACAGCUCUGGAAACAGAUGAAGGGGCCGAUGCAGCCAUCGAUCCGGGGGGAGAUGCGAUCGGUGGCACCCCGCCGUCCACUCCGCCUGUAGGCUGUGAGGAUGACGGGCUUGGCAUUUGUCCCGAGGCUGAAGGAGAAGCAGCCUCGUCGGCUCUGGAAUCCCAGGAGAUAGUCGUGAGAAAGCUGAGUCUGCGGGCGGCGGGCGGCAUGUCCGAAGAACCGGACGGCGAUGAGUCUAAGCCGCAUGAGGAGACGGGAUCUGCGGAGUCCGAGCAAGUUACCACAGAAACGGAUGGAGAGGAAGGCACGCCUGUCAACGGUCACCCUGUUCGGUCGCUUCCGUCUGUACGGCAUGAUAUUCACCGUUACCAACGAGUGGACGAGCCCCUGCCACCGAACUGGGAGGCCCGGAUCGACAGCCAUGGCAGGAUCUUUUUUGUGGACCACGUGAACAGGACCACGACGUGGCAGAGGCCAACUGGACCCCCAGCGCCGCAGGGCCUGACCCGGUCCAACUCCAUUCAGCAGAUGGAGCAACUCAACCGCAGAUACCAGAGCAUCAGAAGGACCAUAACCAACAGUGAUAGAACAGAAGAAAGCAUUGCUGACCUGCUCCCUGAAGCAGAACCCGAACUGAUCCCUCACUCCAUUUCCGAAUACAGACGAGACGGCGUCGUCGCUCACUCGAACGGUCGUUCCCGCCUGUCGUUGCUGCUCCAGUCGCCCAGCGCCAAGUUCCUGUGCAGUCCCGACUUCUUUACUGUGCUGCAUUCUAACCCCAGUGCCUACCGCAUGUUUACGAGCAACACCUGCCUGAAGCAUAUGAUCAGCAAGGUGCGGCGAGACGCUCACUACUUUGAGCGCUACCAGCACAACCGAGACUUGGUCACCUUCCUCAACAUGUUCUCCAACAAGCAGCUGGAGCUUCCCCGGGGAUGGGAAAUGAAACACGACCAAACCGGGAAGCCCUUCUUUGUGGAUCACAACUGUCGUUCCACAACCUUUAUCGAUCCACGGCUGCCUCUCCAGAGUUCGCGCUCCACCGGGCUGCUGGCCCACCGCCAGCAUCUGAGCCGCCAACGCAGCCACAGCGCCGGCGAGGUGGCCGACGACUCGCGGCAAAGCAACUCGCCCGCCGUGCCGCGACCUUCCAGCACCUUCAGCGGGUCCAGUCGCUCCGGCCAGUCCCACGACGUCGUGCCCGUGGCCUACAAUGACAAGAUUGUGGCCUUCCUCAGGCAGCCCAACGUCUUUGAGGUACUGCAGGAAAGACAACCGGAGCUGGCCAGGAACAACUCACUCAAGGAAAAGGUGCAGUUCAUCCGCAGCGAGGGCGCCGUCGGGUUGGUGCGUCUCUCCGGGGACGCCGACCUUGUCAUGCUGCUCAGCUUAUUUGAAGACGAGGUGAUGUCGUACGUGCCACCUUUGCUCCACCCAAAUUACAGCCUGUCCUCAUCUCCUCAGAGUUCCCCGGGCACCCAACGAGCCAACGCGCGUGCUCCGGCGCCCUACAAGCGAGAUUUUGAGGCUAAACUGAGGAACUUCUAUCGGAAACUGGAGACGAAAGGAUAUGGACAGGGACCGGGGAAAGUCAAGCUCAUCAUACGGCGGGACCACCUCCUGGAGGACGCCUUCAACCAAAUCAUGUGUUACUCCCGCAAAGACCUGCAGAGGAGUAAACUUUACGUCAGCUUCGUCGGCGAGGACGGGCUGGACUACAGCGGCCCGUCGAGAGAGUUCUUCUUCCUGGUGUCCAGAGAGCUUUUCAACCCUUACUACGGCCUGUUUGAAUACUCGGCCAACGACACGUACACGGUCCAAAUCAGCCCCAUGUCGGCCUUUGUGGAUAAUCACCACGAAUGGUUUCGUUUUAGCGGGCGCAUUCUGGGACUGGCUCUGGUUCAUCAGUAUCUGCUGGAUGCCUUCUUUACUCGUCCUUUCUACAAGGGGCUGCUCCGCAUACCGUGCGACCUGAGCGACCUGGAGUUCCUGGACGAGGAAUUCCACCAGAGCCUGCAGUGGAUGAAGGACAACGACAUCGAGGACAUGCUGGAUCUCACGUUCACAGUCAACGAGGAGGUCUUCGGACAGAUCACCGAGCGAGAGCUGAAGCCCGGCGGGGCCGGCAUCCCCGUGACGGAGAAGAACAAGAAGGAGUACAUCGAGCGCAUGGUCAAGUGGCGCAUAGAGAGGGGCGUGGCUCAGCAAACCGAAAGCUUGGUCCGAGGCUUCUACGAGGUGGUGGACGUGCGACUGGUGUCGGUGUUCGACGCCAGAGAGCUGGAGCUGGUCAUCGCCGGCACGGCCGAGAUCGACCUGGCCGACUGGAGGAACAACACAGAGUACAGAGGAGGUUACCAUGACAACCACAUCGUGAUACGCUGGUUCUGGGCAGCUGUGGAGCGCUUCAACAAUGAGCAGAGGCUGCGACUACUGCAGUUUGUGACAGGUACGUCCAGUAUUCCUUACGAGGGCUUCGCCUCGCUGCGUGGAAGCAACGGACCCCGCAGGUUCUGUGUGGAGAAGUGGGGCAAGAUCACCUCCUUACCCAGAGCACACACUUGCUUCAAUCGGCUGGACCUGCCACCCUACCCAUCCUUCUCCAUGCUCUACGAGAAGCUGGUGACAGCCGUGGAGGAGACUAGCACCUUCGGUUUGGAGUGAGCCCGCCUCCUCCAUCCCCCCCCCCCCCCCCCCCCCA